AUGCACAUGUGCAUUGACUAUCAUCAAUUGAAUAAGCUAACCAUAAAAAAUAAGUACCCUUUACCGAAGAUAGAUGAGCUGUUUGAUCAGUUACGAGGAGCUGCAGUGUUCUCCAAAAUAGAUCUUCGAUCUGGUUACCAUCAGCUAAAGGUUAAGGAAGCUGAUGUGUAUAAGACAGUGUUUAAGACUCGUUAUGGUCACUACGAGUUCCUGGUAAGACUGUUUGGGUUAACGAAUACACCAACUGCUUUCAUGGACAUGAUGAACCGAGUAUUUCAACAAUAUCUAGACCGGUUCGUAGUAGUGUUCGUAAAUGAUAUUUUAGUGUAUUCGAAAAUCGAAGAGGAGCAUGAUGAACAUUUGCAGAUUGUUCUUCAAAUUCUGAGGAAGAAGCAGUUCCGGAUAUUACAGACAUUUUGUGGAAGGGUUUUUAGUGAUAGCUGCACCUUUGACGAAGUUGCUUCACAAAGGGUUGCCAUUUAUUUGGUCCGACAAACAUAUCACCCAGGUAAAGCUGAUGUGGUAGCUGAUGCACUGAGUCGUAGAGUUGUCUCUGAUUUAAGAGCAAUUUUUGCUCGUCUUAGCCUGUACGAUGAUGGUAGCGUGUUAGUUGAACUACAAGUGAGACCGACUUGGAUUGAGCAAAUUAAGGAGAAACAGUUACUGGAUGAGUCGCUAGUUUCUCGUUUCCAACAAGUGGAAAAUGGUGAGACUUCAGAUUUUAGACUGAAUGGGGAAGGGGCGUUAUGCUUCCGUGGAAGAGUGUGUGUACUGAAGGAUUCUGAUCUGAGGCAGUCUAUUCUGCGGGAGGCACAUGGUAGUCCUUAUGUCAUGCAUCCUGGUGGAAACAAGUUAUACUGA